UGAAAGGGCAAUGUCUUGUUUAGACAGAGGUAAAGAUGGCAUUUAGCUUGACUUGACAGCUUGCGACACACAACGGCGUGGUUUGUCAUGAGCCGCUUGUCUAUACGCUAAGUCUUCCCAAUGAGUGCAUCACCGAAGACAUCUCCAGCGUCUGAAGUCAAAGCUGAACAAGCAUGUAAAGAAGCCUCAAACCAACUCACUGGGCCUGCUCCUAGCAACACAUUUCUUUGCCAAAACACUUUGGAAGGAAGUCAGUACAUCAACAUCAAAUCUCUGUCAGCGUCAUCUCGCUCCAAGACUGAGUUGCAACGAGGAGAACACUCUGAGCAUGUUCCUUGCGGACGAUCUUCAUGUCCGGCCACUAAACAGCAAGACUCUUCACUAGCCAAUAACAUCGAGCUAUUCCUUACAAAACGAAGGGAGCUUUUAUGCCUAUCAGAUAGUAACGUCAGCAAAUCAAGGCGCAAACACUUGGACCGGCAGAAACAGUGUGAGAGCAGCUGGCACAGCCAUUCCUCUGGAGAAGGAGAGACCAGAAAACAACUAGCCCGCAAUGCGGAAACAGGAUGUGAAGAUCCGUUCAUUUCUAACAGUGACAAAGGAAUAAAGCAGGUUCCUGAGGUAACAUUGCAGGAGGCGAAACGAAAAGGAGAUUCCAUUUCUGGUAACGUCACUGCUUUCUUGCCUGGACGCUCGUGCAGCUCUCCUGCCAGGUUUCUUGAGUGCUGCCUAGCAGCAGAGAGUGGGGCUAAAGAUUUGUUUAACAUCCAGUACUUAAAAGGAGACACGGCAAUGGCUGUCAAUAAACACGGCGAUGGAAUACUAGAUGAUGACCAAUGCAACUCUUUGGAAAAGAGAGGUCACUCACCGCAGUCAUGUCCGGAAACUUCUGAAGCUCCCCUCAUGUGCAAAGGGGCUUGUUCUAAUUGCUGUAACGUAAAGUGGGUCUCGGAAGGAUCCUUGAAAACGAAGAAGAAAAACGCAUGUGGAGAUGUGAGAACAUCCGACAGCGGGAUUCACAAUGAAGUCGACUGUUGCCGAAUAUGUCAAGAAGACGGCACAUACGAAAAGCUAAUCUCUCCAUGUUACUGCUCUGGAACUGUGGGCUUCAUGCACAUGUCCUGUCUGGAGACUUGGCUCGGCCUGAACGGCAGAACCGCAUGCGAGCUUUGUCUUUUUCCAUUUCCUGUGGUGAAAAUCCAUCCGAAUAUCUGGCAAUUCUUCAGCCGCCCACUGGCAAAUAUGGACUUUGCUAGCCUCCUGUGUGAUGUGGCAUGUUUCUGUGUACUGACACCGCUGCUCAUCGCCAGUACCUACCUUUGCAGCAUAGGAGUGAGCCACUAUGAAGAGGUCGGCAAGACGGGAUCAGUGUUCGCCAUCGUGACCCUCAUGGUUUCGUUGAUAGCAGUUUACAUCUCAUGGGCGGUCCUGGCCAUUCUGUACCAUCGUCGUGUGUUUCUCACGUGGAGAGAGAAAACGGCCCGUAUUCAAAUGUGGACCGACAAAACUUCGCCUGGCCUCAGCCCAAAGAAAAUUCCGGAAGAUCACAAUGUCACGGACGACGCUACCAAUUCUGGAAACACUCCUCUCACUAGUAGAAGACAGUCUGGGAUGUCUCUGUUUCUGAAACCCAUGCUGUGGUACUCCUACAGAUUCAGGUCUCAGAAGUCCGAGCCGAGCUUGCCAUUUGUCCACGGUGUGAACUUCAAUUCUAACCGCAGGGAGCAGCUCAAGUUUAAGAAAAUCCAGGCACGAAGGGCUGAAGUCGCCCAGAGAAUCAAAGCCAAUAAAUUAGCCUUAAUGUCAAAGUUCAGCAGUUCAAUUGCAAACAGCGAUGUCUAGAACUCUGACGCCACGUUGUUUUUAGAACUAUUGUACAGAAAUGGUUCUGGGUAAUUAUGUAUAAAAUAGAAACAUCUAAUGUUUUGCAAUCGGCACAACCUACAAUUUUCAAAAAGAACAAACGAAUAAAAUUCUGUAACUUUG